AUGGUGUGCGCCGCCGUGUUGGUCCACCAUCUGCUCAAAGGGCACCCGUACCGCAAACUGGCUCAGAGUCUUCGCCAUUGGCAGUCGCGGUCGACGCCGUCAGUAUUGGGCACCCAGCGCGUGUUGGGCCUCACGGCCUCCUACUCCUACGAGUUCGGGAACCCGAGGGCGAAAGCUCGCCUGCGCGCGUUAUCGAGCGAGCUGUGUCUCACGAACAUCGAGACGGUAUCCCACCAAGAACUGAGAGCGGGCGGGUGCCACGCCGCGAUGGCCGAGGUGUUGUUGCCUCCCUCGACGGUAACCCCGUCCGGAGUGCUGCCCGAGGCGGACAGAACCCAACAGCCGGCGACGAUGUUCUUGCUCCGGGAGCGCAGGAACGAAGGUACCGACUUUGCCGGUCGGAUCAUGGCCUGCGUCCGCGGUAUGGAGAAGGCGAUAACGGCCGUGUCGGAGCACCCGACUUUCGCCUCGCCGCUUGUCCUCGACGGCCAGAUGAAGGCUUGCGAGUGGGGCGCCUACGCCCACAGCCUCGCAUACAACGGUGCCGGCGGCGGCGGCGCCACCAACAGGGGCUGUCCAACCAACCAGUACUCGCGGCAGCCGCAGCCGCCGUCUGUGCAUCGUCCGAUGCUCGCCGAGCUGGAGCACUGGUACGAGGCCGUCAAGGUCCUGGUCGUGUCCUGGGAGGAGAGGGAAGACGAGGCCGCGACCAUCCUCGACAUGUUCGGCUGCACGGGGUCCCCGAGCCACCGCGUCGCGCCCGAGGUCGUCUGGCCGGGCGACGUGCGGCAAAAGAUAUCGGUUUUCUGGGAGGCAGUACCAGGAACGUUCCCUCGGUUCGAGCACCUGAAGAACGUUCUUCUGGACAAGUACGACCACCACGGGGGCAAUGGAAGCGGCGGCAGCGAAGGGGAAGCCUUCCGCGGCAUAGUGUUCGUGCGCCAGCGCGUGACGACCCACGUGCUGGCCCACGUGAUCGCCGCCGACCCCAGCAUGGCGCCCUUCUCCGCGGCCUGCCUGUGCGCCUCCUCCUCCCCGGCGACGGCCUCCCUCUCCCUCUCCGAGAGAGCCACCCAGGAGAUCCUCGAGGCCUUCCGGUCCGGCAGCGUGAACCUCCUCCUGUCGACCGCCGUCGCCGAGGAGGGCAUCGACGUCGCCGACGCGAACUGCGUGGUCCGGUACGACUCCAUCGACCACGUCGUGUCCAUGGUGCAGGGGCGGGGCCGCGCGAGGGGGGAGAAAAGCAGCUUCGUGGUGCUCUGCGAGCGGGCGGACCGCACCACGGCCGACCUCGAGGCCGUCGAGCAGCGGCAGCUGUGGCAGCUCCGAAACAUCGAGCCAGGCCACCAAUGCGAACGUGGUGUGGACGUUGUGGCCGCCGCCGCCGCCGUUGUGCCAGACCCAGUCCAGCAGGGCGACGACACGACUUCUGGUUCGGAUGGUACUGGCAGCAGCACAGACACGGGAGACGGGCCUUUCGGUAGCAUCGUGGAGGACACGGACGACACGACUGAUUCUUCGGAGGUCAGCAGUCACAGAAUGUGGCGUCCUGCAGCAGCGGAGGUGGCGGUGCUGCUGUAGCUCGUAGACUUUGUAGUCUACCACAGAGGUUACACUGCUGUCACCGCUCUAUCACAGAGGUUGGUCUACACUGCUGUGAGAUCGGUAGGCCCGAGCGAGCUCUGGAAAGAGAAAUGUAGAUAGAUUUUCUUAUCAACUGACUCCCUGGUCAGGCUUUGAUGGGUGCUAGAUGAGAGUGAGCACAAGGGGCGAAGGCGCGCUUGUGUCUCAUCUCAACAACAA